AUGCCUGAUUUCACAGAUAAUCUUCGUCCAAGCCAGCCAGAUGGGCCGACAACCCUAGCCCGCGAGCGCGAACAGUCCAAUGUUUCCACCGAAGAGCUUGGACAGCACUUAUUAGCUUCCGAUGGAUUCCUUGAGCGACAAUCGCGUAUCCUGCCCAUAUUACAACAAGAGCCGCUCUUCAAAAAAGACAAGCAACAAAACCUAUCAAGACCGGAUAGAUUCAAGCUAGGUCUUGCGCGCGCGAAAGCUUGUGCGCCGCCUGGCUGA